CUUUUACGCUGCUCUCUCUCUCUAGAGGGAGAGCAGCGGCCGGUUUACACGGAAUGGGGAUCUACAAGAAGAAGAUGAAGAAGAAGAAAAAGAAGAGGAAGCUAAGAAGAGGAAGAAUACCUGAUUUUGCAGGAGAAAUUGUUGAAGAGGUGGUUGGUUGCGUCGAGCAGGCAACUCCGACGAAGAGGUGGCAGAAGAGGAGGGCUGAAUCGCAGGUGUAUGAUCGAAAUAGGUCAAGCUGCGUCCAUGGCACCUCAGUCAGAAGAGGAGGGCUGAAUCGCAGGUGCAGGAUCGAUGACAGAGGGAUUGGGGAAACGUG